AUGUCCGAAGAAGGGGAUUGUUUCUAUAACUAUAACGACGUAAAUGGCUGCAGAUACGCGGGGACUGCAGCAGGAGUAUCUCCUUUGCUGCUGCAGUCAAUAGAGGAGCAGCAGCAGCAGCUGUUGCAGCAGCAGCAGCAAAAGAGGCAGCAGCAGCAGCAGCAACAGCAGCAGCAGCAGCAGCAGCCACCAUUAAAGCCAGAAAUAUUUCUUAACUUUACUGAGCCAUCAAGACUGCUGCUGCUGCCAGCAAGAGCAGCAGCAGAAGCUCUUGUACGUCAGCACCCAGCAGGAGCAGCAGGAGGUGCAGCACAAGGGGUAUCAAUAGGAUCAGGAGGAUCAGGGGGAUCAGGGGGAUCAUGUGGUGCUGGUUCUGGUGGUGGUGUUGGUGCAGCAGCAGCAGCAGCAGCAGCAGCAGAUGAAGGACAUUUAGCAUCUAUAGAGAGAGGAUUAAUAGCAAGAAAUAUAUUAUAUAAAUUAAGACAACAAGUAUUAGAGUUACCUAAACCUAAUAAACAUGGUGUUGCUCUUAUCUAUGGUGCAAGAAUUAGUAGUGAUGAUGGUCAUGAUUAUAGGUAA